AUGCCCGUCCGCGAAAUCACUCAAGCCAUCCGCCUGCGCGUUGUCCUCAUGGCCGUCUUGCUCUAUGUCACGCUCCAGCUGGCUGUGACAAUGUUUGCUUCACCGCAAUAUUGGACCCAGGCCGAGCACAUCUCCGCUCUCACUGGCCAUGGAUGGGUCCUGGAGCUCAUUGACGGACACCAUGAUCGGAUUCAGACAGAGCUUGGAAUGAGGGUCGACAUGUUCAAGAUCUUUGUAGCUCAGUUACGUGUCUUGCGCUCUCCACUAGGCUCAAUGAUCUCAACCUUGCUGCCUUCUUCAUUUGCGCCAUCGUGUUUUUCUGUAUCAGAAGUGUUGGUUUUGGGUCCAUAA